AAGCAAUGCCAAGAAAGUAAUUCAUCCCACCUAGCCAGCAUGUUUUGAAAGCACAAGUCUCUUCUUCCCAUUGAAACUAUAGGUGGUCCUGUGAUAACUACGGUAGCCUGUUAGUUUUGGAGAUACAAGCCAAUUUUGAUGCAUCAUCGGGAACAACCUGAAAGAAAAUUACAAAGAGCUUGUGACUAUCAAAACAAAUAAACCAAACAUAAAAAAGUCACAGUUUCCAUUUGCAGGAAAUGGAAAGGAAAAGAAAGGAAAAACCAAUGCAGAAAAUUUUCUCUUACUCCCAAGAUCAUCGCCAACUAGCAGGACAUGAUUAACAUCGUAUAGACUGCGUAUUUGCAUUAUUAGUGCCCAAUAUUUUACUCUGACAUAUAUGGGAGGACUAUAUGUGUUCUGGAUGUUUAGUUUGAGCCAUAAAAGAAUAUAAGUCCUCCAGGAUCCGUUCAAACAGCAAAGAUGGAGGAACCCUCUGAUUUGGACAGUGAGAGACUUAAGAGGCCAUGAAAUUGUCGACUUUGGAUCAUUGUGGUGGCAGUUUGGUUUCUGCUCAUGAUCUGAAGGAAACAACAUCAGAUUAUUCCACUAGUACAGAUGAAAUGGUGGGCUCGUGCAGCUUUAACAGCCAUGCUUCUUCAGAUGUAAUCCAGUCUGAUAAUAAAAACGUCUUCAGCAAUAUUGAAGGUUUGGCAUUGCAAACUGGAAUUCUCGAUGCUGAGGAAGAAGUAUGCAUUGAUCAUAACAUUGAGGCUGUAUCUACUGUCCGCGUGAGGGAGUCCAUGGAUGCAUCCCAGAGCUCCAGUAGCAGCAGAAUAAUCUCCAUGGUGGUAACAUCUGCACCAAGCACCGCAAGAACAAGAGAAGCAAAUAAGAGACCAGCCGACUCAAACAUUUCCAGGAAAACUAUCCCAACAAAGUUACUGCAUAAAAAAAAAGUUACUGCAUAAAUCAUCACAAAGCCUCCAACAAGUUAAUAAUUUUUAACAACCAUAUUAAAAUAUAAAUUCUUGAUAUUGCCUUGUGCCAAUCACUGCCAAAUAAUCCUUAACAGCACCCAUGCCCCUCCUGAUUAUUAAUUUUCAAUUGACAAAAAGACAAUGCUAACGUAACUACUCAGUUGAGUGAGAAAAGACGACUCCAAUAAAUCUUACAAAUUAGA